AUGUCUAUAACUUUACCAGCCUUACCAUCCGGUAAAACUGACUCAUUCAAAGCCCACGGGAAAUACUCCAGUCCAAACCGUCGUCCAAUCGAACCGGUUGGUCGUCAUUUCUUAGCCCAUGCUUCCAGAACUUUAAGAGGACAUACUUGGUCAGAAUAUGAAAAACUUGAAGCUGAAAGAAAUGUCAAACAAAUUGAAACUAACGAAGAUGAAGAUCUCGGUGAUGAAGAACAAAGUGAAGAGUUGUUAGCACAUGAUCCAAGAGAAUGGAAAACUGCUGAUUUAUAUGCCGUUUUAGGAUUAUCAAAUUUAAGAUGGAGAGCUACUGAAGAUCAAAUUAGAAGAGCCCAUAGAAAACAAGUUUUAAAACAUCAUCCUGAUAAAAAAUCUGCAUCUGGUGGUUUAGACCAAGAUGGUUUCUUUAAAAUCAUUCAAAAAUCUUUAGAAAUUAUGACUGAUUCAGUUAAAAGACAACAAUAUGAUUCAGUUGAUGAAAAUGCUAACAUUCUUCCUCCAGCUCCAAAAACUCAAUAUGAUUUCUUUGAAGCUUGGGGUCCUGUUUUCGAAAGUGAAGGUAGAUUUUCUAAAAAACAACCAGUUCCUUCUUUAGGUACUUUGGAAAGUUCACAAGCUGAUGUUGAUAAAUUUUAUCAAUUCUGGGGGAAAUUUGAUUCUUGGAAAACUUUUGAAUUUAAAGAUGAAGAUGUUCCUGAUGAUACUGCCAACAGAGAUCAUAAACGUUAUAUUGAACGUAAAAAUAUUUCUAAUAGAAAGAAGUUGAAACAAGAAGAUAAUAAACGUGUUAUUGACUUGGUUGAAAGAGCUCAUAAUGAAGAUCCAAGAAUUAAAUUAUUUAAAGAAGCUGCUAAAAAGGAAAAGGAAAGAAAGAAAUGGGAAAGAGAAGCUGGUUCAAGACAAGCUGCUGAAGAAGCUGCUCGUAAAAAGGCUGAAGAAGAAGCUGCUGCUAAGAAAGCUGCUGAAGAAGCUGCUUCUACCAAAGCUAACUCUAAGAAAGCUAAAGAAGCUGCUAAAGCUGCUAAAAAGAAGAAUAAGAGAGCCAUUAGAGGUGCUGCUAAAGAUAAUGAUUACUUUGGUGAUUCUGCUAAAGCUGCCGAUAUUGAUGCUGAUAUUGAUUUAUUAAUUGAAUCUUUCUCUGAUGCUCAAUUGGUUGAUGUUGCUGGUAAAGUUGCUGACGCUUCUGCUGCUAAAGCCGCCAUUCAAUCUGCUGCUUCUGAAUUGAUUGGCGCUGGUAAAUUAAGUGCAUCUACUUUAAAAUACUUCUCUGCUUAA